GGUAGUAUACAAAUGUGUUUGCUUGUGGGCAGUUACAGGACGCUCACGUGCGAGGUGAAUCAUGGCAAGGCUCGGCCGCGAUAUCGGGACCACGCCCGAAACCCUGAGGACAAGAGCUAUCCCUUCUGUGGGUCGGCUCAGUUCGACGGGUUGACGAUGCGAAGCGAGGCCAUCGAGAAGCGGCGGAGUGGCCUCCGGUCCCGACCACUGCCCGGAAUUACGACGGUGGUGCUGCGUGGGGCAGCGGUCUCGUGGCGAACGUCCAAGGGGCCACUUCACGACGCGGUAUCUAAACUGUAUCCGCCGACUGGGUGUAGGAUUGAUUGAUUGUGUUUUUGGCGCAUUUUUUCCUCGUGUAGGACGAGUAAGUGACUCAGGCUUAUUGAAGCUUCGUUGAUCAUGUGCAAAUCCAAAGUCGGCGGUUGGCAUCAUGAUGUUGUAGAUGUACUUUUAUACUUUACUUUACUAAACUAUAUUUUUGCAGGUACUGAUGCCCCUCGUCGACUCUAUGGCGUCUAUAGAAGUGACGAGCAGGGAGGUUCGGUCGGCUGCGAGAGACCACCUGGAGUGGUAUAUCCUGGCGAGCAGACUCCUCCAGCUGCUGCAGAUUGCGCUGGAGGAUGUCGCACUGCCAGGGCAGGUUAUGGCAAUGGAGCUGGGCCCGGUAUUGAUCCAUCCUCAUCCUUUUGCCAGGACGACUGCGCCGCGCUGCGGCGGUUCGUCCUGGCGGGGCGCGAGACUUCCCGCGCAGACUUCCGCAGCCUGUGACGGCGAAGUGGCUGAGCCGCAUGACGGCGCGGAAGCAAGGCGGCGGGGCUACGCGACCGGUAUGGGCCCCCCCAGCUGUCGCCCGGGUGGCGCAGGCUUUGCGGCGCGGGCGCGCGGUGUGUCUUUCUUGUCUGCCGUGCCCGUGGGGCCCCGCCCGCCCCGCCCGGGGCCGGCAAGGAAGUGGCCCCAGGGCUGCUUCCCGCAUUUGGAAGCUUGCAAAACCCCACGGCGCCGAGGCCAGCCGGGGCGGGCGCGGCGCAUUCAUUCCGCCCUUAGGCCCGUUGCCAGGACUACAGCCUCCACCACUGUAGCCGGGCCGGGGGUGUGUUUGCUCUUUGUUCCAAACAUAUCCGGUGGCCCGGGCGCCUCCCAAUUCUGUACUCAGAU